AUGGAUCGAAAUACAUUCAUUUAUAACUUUACAAAUGACCCUUCGGUUGGUAGGCGGCAAAAGACCUACUUGUGUUACGAGGUGCAACUCCUGAAUGGCAACCCCAGGGUCCCACUGAGCAGCAUCAGGAACUUCCUGCACAGCCAGCUGUAUCCAUGGCACCACUACCGGGUCACCUGGUUCCUCUCCUGGAGCCCCUGCCCUGACUGUGCCCGUGAAGUGGCUGCCUUCCUGUGGAGGAACAGACACGUGAGCCUGUCCAUCUUUGCAGCCCGCAUCUAUACCUACCACAAAGGAUAUGAAGAGGGGCUGCGCUCACUGCGGGAUGCAGGGGUCCAUCUCGUCAUCAUGACCUACAGAGAGUUUGAGUACUGCUGGAGAGCCUUUGUGGACAACCAGCUAUUGCCCUUUAGGCCCUGGAACAGUCUGGAAGAAAACAGUCAAGUCAUAUCAAGAAGGCUUCAAGGCAUUCUCCAGGACAGG